CAUUAAAGAGAGAGAGGAUGCCUUAUUGCUUUUGUGCAUGACCUACCCUUUGUUGACAUGUAAGUUCUAAAGUCUACAAUCCCCUUAAGUCGCAUGAAGUUGUAAGACUAUCUUGGUUUGUUUCCAUGACACCAAAAAAUAAAGCUUGUAUGAUGUUACGCUAACCUUGAAGUGCACUUCAAAUUAAUCACAUACAGAUUCAUAAUUUCUGAAUAAUCUGCUAAUUUUCAUGAUUAUGCCAAGGAGUGCUGGACAAUGUAUCAUUCAAUUAUAAUCCUCGGAUGCUUGAUAAUCAUAUGUAUGAGGUCUUGAUUUCCUCAUUCUCUCAUAUUUCAGGUAAGGAUGCAAAAAUUGAGCCACAGGCAAGUCCAGUUACUGCUGCUGAAAUUAAUGAAAGCCCUAGCAAGUUAUUGGGCACAACCAAAGCAGCUGAUGCGACUGGAAAACUUGGAUCUGUGAUUUCCCCUGGAAUGUCUACAGCAUUGGAACUGAGGAAUCCUUCUAGUAUAAACGCGAUGACAAGUCCGACUAGCAUUCCACCUUGUUCAGUAUUGCCUUCUGAAGUCUGGCUCCAGAAUGAAAAAGAACUGAAACGGGAAAGGAGAAAACAGUCAAAUAGAGAAUCCGCUAGGAGGUCAAGGUUGAGGAAGCAGGCUGAGGCAGAAGAACUAGCUCAUAAAGUUGAUUCACUGACUGCGGAGAAUGUUGCUAUUCGAUCUGAAAUAAAAAGAUUGUCGGAGAACUCUGAGAAAAUUAAGAAAGAAAACGCUACAUUGAUGAUAAAGCUUAAAAGCGCUCAAUCAGGACGAUCCGAAGCUUUAGACAUGAAUGAAAAGAGGAUGCAACAGCCUGUAAGCACAGAAAUCAAAGGACCUGUGAAUAAAAGCAUUAAAGAAGAGAGUAACAUCUGCAAGAAAAACUCGAGUUCGGGUGCAAAACUGUGCCAGCUCUUGGACACGAGUUCAAGGGCGGACGCAGUCGCUGCUAGCUAAAAAGAACCAGUUUAGUUGCAGUUUCUUUUUCAUGUGGUUUUGGCAUAUUACAAGCCCAAAAUUACUGCUAACAAAAAAGAAAAAAAAAAUUACAAAGAAUGAGAACAGCUGAAUAGGAUGGUCUGUGAGGAUGGGCAGACUCUAAUUUUAAUGGUUAGUUUCUGAAAUAGUUUGUAUUAUUAUGUGUAACUAUAAAUGAAUAUUGGGGUUGGCAAGCAACUGCUACUGCAAUGCAGUGAACAAUUUGAUGUAAUCGUUAGGGAUUAGAGAUUUUUAGCUUUAGAUCUCUAUGCGCACCUCGUGCUAGGUGAUAUCAUCAAUUGCUGGGUUCAAGCUGAACCCUUUUAUGUAUUGUCAAUGAAAAUUUCCAUAUUUUCUACCCUA